AUGGGCGGCAUUGGUAAGGGUUCAGGGACUUCAUAUAUGUUUUCAGGCUUUGUACCAGAUCCACCAUUUUCAUUACCAAUGCUGGAUUUUGCGUUAUCAAUCGACACAAUAUUACCAGAAUGUUUAAAUAAUCGAUUGGAACAUAUUACUAAAAUUGUUCACCAAACUUUUCAUGUACACAUAGAGCCGCAUCGAAUGUUCGAUAUGCUGGCCACGAUAAAACAGAAAUCUGAUGAUGGAAGUAAUAUGUUAAAGCAUGGAAAAAAUAUUGAAGAAGAACUGAUGAAAUAUUCGUCUAAUAUUAAUAAUUUAUUUCAAUAUCCAAUGUCGACUCCUUUCUGUUUACCAUUUAUUUUAGUACCUAAAUCAAAUCAAUGUCCACAAUGUGGCACUUUACUUUCAUCUGCUGCAGCAAAAUAUCACGUUGUUACCCUUUAUUUAGUUAAUGGAACUUCAAAAUCAGCAACCGUUGUAAGCUAUGUAUGUAAAUCGAAACAGUGUUAUUUGGAAAUCUAUCCGAACUUCAUUACUAAUCUUUGUGAUGAUCAUUCAUAUUCAUUUACAAUAAGUGAUUAUUUUGAAUACGGACCAUAUGUAUACCUUGGUGGACAAACAGCAUUUGACAGAAUAAUUUUUAAACAAUAUUCAUCUUUGUUAGCAGCUGGCCAUGUGGCAUUUGAUACGUUCACUCGCGCUUUUAAUCAAUUGAAUGGUGAUUUUCGUAAUAAAAUGGAUAGAAGAUUAUUUGAACGUGUCUUCAUUACAUAUGCAUUGAUUGAAUAUCAGCUGUUUAUGGCAAUUGGACAACCAUUUAAAAAUCAAUGUAGUGCAUUCUUGCCUCGGAAUAUAUGGACGGAGUUGGAUAGAUUUAUCAUGUCAAAUUAUGAUUAUUUUUAUAAAGUGUUCGUAGAGUUUUGGUCCUCACACAGUAUAUUUUAUCCUUGUAAAUUAAAACCUCAAGGUGAUGAUGGUAAUGACAAUAACGAAUGUUGUGCAGCAAUUAUUUGCGAUGGGCACAUGAAAAUAAGACGAAGAUUGUGUGCCAAUGCAAACGUUCCAUUACAAUUACCAACACAUUUUAAUCCAAUAUUUAAACAAUUACUGAUCGGUUGUAGCCAUACACCAGCAGUCAAUAGAUCAAUUUGCAGUGAAUGUCAAUCUCAAGGUAUAAUAAUGCCAUCGGCACGACGACAUACUAAAAAAGAAGAAGAAAAUACAAGACGAAAAUUAAAAAAAUUACAGAAACAAUACAUAAAUGAUAUGGGAACGAAAUAUUGUCAUGAACAUUUAAAUUUGAAUUUACACGAUUCAUUACGAAAUAUUAACAGUAGUGCAUGUGAACAAAUUAAUUCUUGGAUAAAAUCUUAUUCACACAUGUUAUCCAACAUGAAUGAAUCUCGAUUUGCUGCUACAUUAUUGAUUUUAUUUCAUCUUCGAAAUUGUUCGAAAACGACAUUAUGUAAUCAACGGGUUAAUGUAAAACAAUCAUUGAAUGAUCAAAAGAAUAAAGCAUUGGUAAAAGCACUUGCAACAAACAAGAAUUCGGAUAUUGUUCAAGAAACAACUGAAUCAUCUACUGA